AUGACCCUUCCUGAUCGCCCACCACCGCCGCCUCCGCCUCCACCUCCUCCCUCGUCGCAACAACAGGAACCGUCCCAAGACCCAUCAAAGCCAACGACAGGUCGCAAACGGCCUUACAGGCCCAAGGUCAAGACUGGCUGUACAUCAUGCAGCACCGGCAGGACCUGUGAUGGCUACGAGGACCUGUUCCGACUGGUUCAAUGGGCUCCGAACCAGACCCCGACCAGCUCUCAGCCGCCCAAGGACAAUGCGCCCAAACCGGCAUUUGCAGUAACAUCAGCAGCAGCAGCAGCAACAUCAUCAGCUCCUGUAGCAGGUACACCCGCUUCGGGGUCUCAAAAGAGGAAGAGACAAGCAUCCCAGCAGCCACAGAAGCAGCAGCAGCGCCAACAACAGCAACAACAACAACAGCCACCUCUCGUGAUCGCAUCAUCAGCCCGCCAUCUUAACCGCCGCAUCUACCCCAUCAUCGGCCGGCUUUUCUUCUCCUUCUCCCACAGUCUCAAAUGUAUCAUGGCCCGGGUCCGCCACUGUGCCCUCGCCGAAUCAGCCAAGAGGCUUCUCGCAGACCUUGGCAUCUCGCCCAGCAGCGGUCUACAGCCCCUCAGUCUCGCCAAUACCGCGGCCCUCUCCCCAAUUGCCCCCUGA